AUGUGUUUCGUCUUCUUUCUGCAGUAUCUUGACAAGCAAAGUCUGAGCUAUGCCGGGGUCUUUGGUCUGAUCGAAGAUCUGGACAUGACCAGCUCCCAGUAUUCCUGGUCGAGCUCGAUCUUCUAUGUUGGGCAACUGGUCUCUGAAUAUCCAUUCAUCUAUCUGAUGAGUCGACUUCCUUUGACAAAAUUUGUAGGGGCUACCGUGAUUGUCUGGGGCAUCAUCUGCAUGUGCUUGGCGGCACCGCAGAGCUUCGCCGGGUUUGCCGCAGUGCGAUUCCUACUCGGAUUCAGCGAAGGCGCCGUCUCACCGGCAUUUGUUACCAUCACCAGUAUCUGGUACCGAAACAAAGAGCACAAUCUUCGCACUGCGCUGUGGAUCUCUAUGAACGGCCUUGCGCAAGUCCUCGGCUGCUUUCUGAUGUAUGGCAUUGGCACAAGCAAUUUCCUGACCAUUGCUCCCUGGCGCGUGCUAUUCAUCAUCUGCGGUGCGAUGACCGUGGCGGCCGGUGUUGCAUUCUUUUUUCUGAUGCCCAAUGGACCGAAAGAUGCGUGGUUCUUGAAUGCUCGGGAAAGAGAAGUUCUCUCCCUCCGCAUGGCACAAGACAGGGAUGGCGGAGACAAAGCAUCCUUCUCUUUGGUCCAGCUGAAGGAGACACUCAUGGAUCCCAAAGCGUGGGUUAUCUUCUGGUUUGGUGUCUUGGUCUGUAUGCAGUCGCCUGUUUUGACCUUUGCAUCACUUGUCAUCAAGUCGAUCGGAUACACCAAGCUCGAGACCAUGCUUUACACAGCGCCGUCUGGAGCUGUGCAGAUUGUUCUACUUUGGAUUGGAGCAGGCUUAGUCCAUAUAUUUCCAAACCAGCGAACAUUGAUCGUCUUAGCGCUCAUCAUCCCCCCUCUCAUUGGAACUGUUUUCCUAAUGAAGUUGGAUGUCGCAGCUCAAUGGGGUCUUAUCGUUGCGUCGUGGCUGGUAUGGCCUUCCCUUACGUAUGGCGAGUCCUUACUGACACCGUUCCAGGCCUCCUGCAUCACUGCAUCAAUGACGAUUCUUCUCUCCCUGGCAGCGUCGAACUUCAAAGGAAACACCAAACGCGCUGUUGUCAACGGUAUGUUUUUUAUUGGCUACUGUGCCGCCUGCAUUGCUUCGCCUCAGCUCUGGACACACAGUCCUCGUUAUACGGAAGGUGUGAUCACUUCAAUUGUGACUUGGUGUUUACUUUUCGUCACGGUGAUUUUCUUCCGCUUCUUGUGCAUUGGGGAUAACAAGCAGCGUGAUACACAAGCAACAAGCCAUGAGUCAUUUGUCGACAACCACUUGGAACUUGAUGAAAAUGGUUUGCCCGAGUCGGAUGUGACCGAUAAACAGGACCGGAAUUUCCGAUAUGUUUGGUAG